CUAGUCGGUAUAUCUCGUGACAGCGCGAGUACGCACAUAAAACUAGCGGGUUUGUGAAGUCUAGCGAAGCGCGUGAGUUUGCGACCAGAACAGUGUUUAUUCCGCAAGGAUCGCAGAACGGAGAUUUGUAAUCGUCUAGAAAUCACACGAAGUGACAAAUGUCACCCUGCAAUCCACUUUCACAAGUAUCUGAAUUAUUAAAUACAUAUUAAACUUAGUGUUUGAAUGCUCACGCGAUCGACAUCGAAAAUUCAUCGAAAAGAUUUUCGUCACACUUUCUAACUAACUCGAUAUGAAGGUCUCAGCAGAUUCCUGGUACUAAUGAUUUUGUGUUCUUAUUACGCAAUACAGAUAGACUUCGGCGAACCAGAAAUCACACACCUGAACGGAACACCUGUGUCAUAUUCUACAAACUUAUCGUCAUCAUAUCGGUCGUACCGUUGCAGGUGUUUGGGAUAUUUGUUAUACUGCUUAUCGAACGUUUCUUGUCUUGUAAAUCUGUGAAUUCUUGACGCGUAAAAUAACUUGAUCGAGUGACCUUAAAGAUACGAUGUAAACGGAGCAACGUGUGAAUUAUUUCAUUGUUUGACGCAAACUUCUGAGACAGUGUUUAAUGAGGAUCUAGUGAAAAAGUGACAUAAUACGUGACCUGAUGAAUAUCACGAAGAACCGUUUGAUCUGAAAGGCUGAGUAAACAGUUGAUAGCGAUAAUAAUCUUUAAAACAAUGAUGAUCAAUUAAACUCUCUGAAACAGUGAUAUACUGACGAAGAAUGCCACGAAGAAUCACUUGAUCUGAAAGUCAGUUAAAUAGAGAAUUGAAAUUAUACAUGAUAUUAAAAAAGGAAAAUAUAUCACGGAGAAUAAUAUAACCGACCGAUGACACAAUACAGAGUCAGAUAAGUGUCAGAAAUACCUGAAAACAUAAGAAAUAAUAUAUGUAUGUACGUGAUCAAUACGGUUUCUUUAAUCGUAACACGUGAAAGUGACCCGGAAAAGUGAGCACGAUAAGCUUUCCCUUUUUUCAAUUGAUAACGAAAAAAAGAGAGUGUAUCGUGACUAACUCGACAUCUCUUAUCGACGUUUUCAACACUGCUCUACGCUUCCACGUGCUUCUUGAAUCACUGAUUCCAUAGUCAAUUUACGUAAAAAUUAUUAUUUUUUCAAUGCUCCGAGUGACGCGAGCGCUCUGAAAGGAAACUAGAAUGCAAGAAAGAUUUGGAUCGCAUCUGAAGACUGUCCUCGAUUCCUGUCAGUUAUAAUCUUCAAAGUAUUCGCGAAAAAAAAAAAAGAAAAAGUGAGAGAAAAAAUGUCACCGGACAAGAAUCGAGUGCCACCAACCGUGUACGAAAUGUUGGAAGAGAAGUACAAGGGAAACGAUUCGGAAAAUCGUAGAUUAGCGGAGACAGACGACUUCUUGGCAGUUGACGAAAAUUAUCGUAGCAGCAAAGUCGAAUAUGUUCCCCGUAUCGCGUGGCCAGAUCUGAUGGCGUUACUUUUCGUUCACGUAGGCUGUAUUUACGGAUUGUAUCUCAUUUUCACGGAAGCCAAGCUUCUCACCACCGUAUGGGCGUUCGUGAUUACGUACACUUCCGGAUUCGGUAUAACCGCAGGAGCGCACAGACUAUGGUCCCACAGAGCGUACAAAGCGAAAUGGCCCCUCCGAUUGCUAUUAAUAUUUCUGUUCACCAUAACUGGACAAAAACACGUGUACGCGUGGGCACUGGACCACAGAGUGCAUCACAAAUACAGCGAAACCGACGCGGACCCGCACAACGCGAAGAGAGGUUUCUUUUUCGCCCACGUGGGUUGGCUUUUCACGACACCCCAUCCUGACGUUGUCUCGAAGCGAAAAAUGGUGGACAUGAGCGAUUUGGAAGCCGAUCCGAUCGUCAUGUGGCAGAAAAGAUUUUACGUUCCUCUAUUCGCUCUUCUGACCAUCGGGCUUCCAGUCGCCGUGCCGUGUUAUUUCUGGUCAGAGUCGCUAUGGACAUCCUUCUGGGUGAACUUCAACUUUCGUUUCUGCAUCACGCUGAACAUAGCCUUCUUCGUGAAUAGCGUGGCGCACAUGUGGGGUCAACGACCUUAUGAUAAAUACAUCUCUCCAGUGGAGAACGUAGCGGUUUCGAUCGCGGCGCUAGGCGAGGGCUGGCACAACUUCCACCACGUGUUCCCGUGGGAUUAUAAAACUGGAGAGCUGGGGAAUUACACGUUCAAUUUGACCACUGGGUUCAUCGACGCUUUUGCGAGCAUCGGCUGGGCCUACGAUCGCAAAUACGUCUCGCCGGCGAUGGUACGACGCAGAGCGAACAGAUCUGGCGAUGGUAGCCAUGUUUGGGGCUACGGCGAUGCAGACAUUCCAUCCGAGGAUCUUCUGGAACUGAAACGCAUGGACAAAAAGAAACAGUGACACUGUACUGUUCCAUCGCGAUGACUCGUCGAUGUUGUGCUACUACCAUUUUUGUAAAAAUGUUAUCGAACAAGCGGAAAGCGUUUGACACUCUGAUAACCAUGGUGCAACAUAUUUUCUGGUCAGCCAUUCGUGAGCCUUAUGUCAAGAAAUCUUGGAUUUCGCCUCUCUCUGAACGAUCAAACUUGAUCGAAAUAUCAAUAUUACCGUUUCUUGAUGAUAACGUGAGGAAUUCAUAAUUUUUAUAAGUUAUUAAACUUGUUAUUGGUCGACU